AACCGGAGGAUAUUUUCGUCAAUAUCAUCAUUACCCCUACGGGGAAGAAAUUCCACCUCAAGCCUCCUCAAAUCCCCACUCCCUUCUUCUUCUCCCAUCCGCCACGAAACCAAAUUCACUCCCUCACACAAACAGAUUAACCGAUCGAUCGAUCGAAUGAAGAAGUUAUCUAGCUUUGCGAGAAAUCCGGCAGCGGAGAGGAUCGGCUCCUGCAGCGAAGUGGCGGAAUCGAGGAGGCUCGUGACGGAGCCGGAGAUGGACGCGGCUCUGCAACUGAUUCAGCUCAGCGGCGAUUCCGACAGCGGAAGAUACUGCGGCGACGAGGAGAGCGUCACCGACGCCACCUCCGAUGAAGCCGCCUUGGAUGCUCGCCCGCCUCGGAAACGGAAAUUCCGAUCGCUCGUCGAUCUCUACGCCGCCACGGAUCCCGUCCUGAUGGUCAAGUCUAACAACCGCAAGUCCGCCGGUAAGAAGAAGUUCCGUUCAGGCACUUCUUAGUAAAAAAAAUAUCAGUAUGUAACAAUAAUAAUAAUAUAAGAGCCUGUAGUAAUUAUCCAUAGACUUUGUUGGUAUAAAGCAUAAACAAGCAGCCGAAACCGUCUUUCCGGCAUCUUCGGUCUCCCUGCGAUUUUCAUUCUCUUGCUUUUCCGAUCCUUUUAUUUCUUCGUUUUCUAUUUGAACCUAGUAUAGCUCUACAUGUAAAUGCAAGUCUCAAUCUUCAUACACAUCUUUAAUUUCUUGAACAAAAGAAAAACCAGAAAAAUAG